CCUUAGCGUUUCAGUCCUCUCUCCCACUUCCUUUUUCUACUCCACUCUCUUGAGAAAGGAAGAGAAGAAAAAAUAGAGUAGUUUUUCUUCAAAUCAAAAGCGGGUUUCCUAGCGGGUACCCUACUCAUAAGAUCGGGCCGGUCCUUCUUCAGGUCAAUUGGGUUUUCGAAUAUUUGUUUGGUAUUUCGAUAAUGGCCGGUGAAAAGACCAUGGGGAAUCCCGAACCUAUCAAUGUGGUUUUGAAGUCUGAAGCUGUUCCCAAAUUGGAUACCCAGCAGGAUGUACCUUCUGGAAAACUUGGAAUAGCAUCUGAUUUGACUUCCACAAUAUCUUCUACACCAUAUCCUUCUUCUGGUGCAAAUCAAGACUUGGUUGGAGAGUCUGGUGCCAAUCAAUCUAGUGGCUUUGAAAAUUAUUACUAUCCAGGUUAUGAUGGGCCAUUUACUCAAUCGGAUGAUAAGGGCUAUUUUCUUACCGAUGGUUCACAAACAGGAGUGCAAUCAGAAAAUGGUUCCUUGGUCUACUAUUUGCCUGGCUAUAACCCAUAUGCAACUGGAGCUUUAAUGGGUGUUGAUGGUCAAUGUCUUGGGCAACAACCAUAUUAUUCAUCAGGAUAUUAUCAGCAUCCGGUUUCCUAUGGAUCAGAGGCCAUGCCUUGUUACACAUGGGAUUCAACAUAUGCUGUAGAUGUUUCAAAUGGGGACUUUGAUGGUUUUGGAAACGUAAAAUAUGGUUCAGGUUCUGCUUUUGCGAAGUCGGAUGGUUUCAACUCAACAAAAUCAAAUGGCCUUGGUGCUAAAUUAUCUAGAUCUACUUAUACUCAGCCUAACAAAGCACUAAGCAAGGGGCCUUAUUCGGGUUCAGAUAUAUCAGCGGGAUCUUAUAGGGGAUACUACCAAGCUGGAAAAUCUCCUUCAUUUAACAAUCAAAAGCAAGGUGUUUCGCAAUACAAUGGUCCUAUGAACUACAGACAAAAUGGGAGAGUAUGGAAUCAAAAUGACAGAUAUAGGAAAUCCAACAGAGACGUUGACUUUGAAAACUCUGCUGAGCUAACUCGCGGUCCAAGGACCUCUAACAGGGCUGUUCCUUUGGAUUCUUCUGUUAAGAAAGAAGACUUGGGACUUUAUUCUUACAAAGAUAAAUACAACCUACCAGAUUUUGAAAUUGAGUAUGAAAAUGCAAAGUUCUUUGUCAUUAAGUCCUACAGUGAGGAUGAUGUCCACAAAUCCAUGAAGUUUGAUGUGUGGUCAAGUACUCCAAAUGGCAAUAAGAAGCUAGAUGCUGCAUUCCAUGAAGCAGAUACUAGAGAAAGUGAGACUGGCACCAAAUGUCCUAUCUUUCUCUUUUUCUCGGUUAAUGGAAGUGGACAGUUUGUUGGCUUAGCUGAGAUGAUUGGCAAGGUAGACUUCAAUAAAGAUAUGGACUUCUGGCAACUGGACAAGUGGAAUGGUUUCUUCCCUGUUAAGUGGCAUGUUAUAAAAGAUAUCCCUAAUAAGGAGCUGUUCCACAUUAUCCUGGAAAACAAUGAGAACAAACCUGUGACUCAUAGUAGGGACACACAAGAGAUUGGUCUCAAGCAAGGCUUAGAAAUGCUGAAUAUCUUUAAAGGUUAUUCAGAAAAAUCAUCGUUGUUAAAUGACUUUGGAUUUUAUGAAAAUAGAGAGAAGACGCUUAAUGCAAAAAAGAAUUACAAGUCCGGCACUCUAGGAUUCAUGGAAGAUGUUUUGACUAAUCAAACAAAAGCAGUUGAAAAGAAAGUGGAAGAAGACUCGAGGAGUACAAAGAACAGUGCAGAUCCAACAUCCCCCAUCAUCAUUCUGACCAAAAAACUGUCCCUUAAUGGCUGCAGUCGGAAGAGCGUUGGUGUGAAGAACCCGAUAGCAAGUGUGUUUCCUUCCGUCCCCUCACCAUAGCCAUUCAAGUUUUAACUUAGUUAAGAUGUGCAAGGGGUUCUGCUUUUUUUCUUUCCCUUCAGUUUUUUCUUCUUUAAAGUUGUUUUCCUAAGUUGACAAGCGGUGGAAUUGAAUUAGAUUUGUUUGGAGUAUUAUUGUUCAUUUCUGAAAUAGUUAAUUUCUUUGGUUUUUAUGGAUUCCUGUUCC